GAAAUCCUCUGCAACAACUUCCACAUGAUAAUUUCAUUCUCUUAUAUCUUCAUGUAAAAGCCACCAUAAUGGGCAAAUCAAUCAUCCAUGAAAAACUUGAACCUAAAAGAAUAAAGUGAAAUGAACCAAACGAUACACAGAGUUUCACCAAUAUCCUUGACCAUGUCAGAGCUGACGACGCUUCUCAGCUCAGGUGGUUCUGUCUUUGAGAUCUUUGCCGGUUUGCUAGUAUUGCAUCUGGUCUACCAAAGAAUUAGAGCAAGCGUCAAAGUUUACUUACUUGAUUUCACUUGUUACCGAGCACCUGACUCAAACCGCGUCCCAAUGUCAACUCUUAUCGAAACCAUCUACCUCGAUGACAAGCUUGAUCAAGAGAGUAUUGACUUCCAAGCCCGGAUUCUUGAGAGGUCCUGGUUAAGUAACCAAACCAGCAUUCCUCCUUCCUUGAUGGAAAUACCCCUCAAGAAAUCUCUUUCCUCGGUCAAAAUCGAGACCAUGACCACUAUCUUCACCUCUGUUGAGGAUCUCCUGAAGAAAAACAAACUAAGCCCAAGAAGCAUAGACAUACUGAUAACAAACUGUAGUUUGCAUUCGCCUUCACCGUCUCUAAGUGCAAUGGUGAUCAACAAAUUCCAUAUGAGAAGCAAUAUCAAGAGCUUUAACCUGUCCGGGAUGGGUUGUGCGGCUGGGAUUCUAUCAGUAGGUUUGGCUAAUGACUUGCUAAAGGUUCACCGAGGCUCCUUGGCUCUUAUUGUAAGCACUGAAGCGCUGAACACACAUUGGUACAUUGGCAAAGACAGAUCUAUGCUUCUUACCAACUGUCUCUUCCGAAUGGGAGCAGCUGCAGUAUUGAUGUCGAGCAAUGAUCAUGACAGAGACAAUGCAAAGUAUGAGCUCUUGCAUGUUGUCAGGAAAAAUAAAGCCAAAGAUGAUCGAGCUUACCGAUGUAUCUAUCAAGACAUAGACUCUGAUGAAAAGCAAGGGGUGUCGAUAACCAAAGAUGUAAUCAGCGUUGCUGGAGAUAUGCUGAAGAUGAAUCUAACUUCUCUGGGACCUUUGGUAUUACCUUACCUAGAGCAAUUCCAAUAUGUGAUACGACAGAUUCUUUGCAAGAAACUAAAGAUCUAUGAGUCGAGUUCUUCUUAUACACCAAACUUCAAGACAGCGUUUGAGCAUUUCUGCAUUCAUACAGGAGGAAGAGCUGUUAUUCAAGCAAUGGAGAUGAACCUGAACUUGACAAAAGUAGACAUCGAGCCAUCAAAGAUGACUCUUCAUAGGUUUGGGAAUACUUCUUCGUCAUCCAUUUGGUACGCUCUCUCUUACUUGGAAGCAAAAAGGAGAAUGAAAAAAGGCGAUAGGGUCUUGCAGAUUGCAUUUGGAAGUGGGUUCAAGUGUAACAGUGCGGUGUGGAGAUGCAUCCGAGAAGUGGAGCCCAAUACAGAAAACAAAUGGCUCGACUUUAUCGACUCAUAUCCUGUAGACGUACCUGACUCUACGAAUAUCAGAACAGGCUAGCACGAGCAAGUAAAAAUCCUUGAAGAUA